CCCACGGUCUCCUUCCGCCUUGAAAGGAACCUAGGUUCUUGGCCGUCGGGGCCAACGGAGAAGGGGGAAAUACCUAGGUACCUAUACAAGCGCAAGACGCAAAACAGAAGACACGGAUAAUGGGCCUUUGUUGUGAGUGUUUCCAAUUGGUGACAAUUCUUGAAGAGUUACCUCGCAUCUGCCGGCAUUCCUAUUGGGGCGUUUAGGCUGCGACGAACAUAUGCGAUCACCAAUACCAAAACAGAUCUCGAGGAACCGCCCGACCCGCAUCCCCGAAAGGCGAAUCCAUAUCACCGACGGAUUACGAGCCAAAGCGCUUAAGUGAGGUCCUGGUUGCCGAUCUGGCAGCAUAUCUUAAGCCACGCACCUGGCGAUAGGAUGGAGGAAGAGGCGAAACAACGCGCCACAGAGGCUUCGAUGGCUGCCGAGUUCGACUGUAGCAUUCUGGGCAGAAUGGAGGCCGAAGACAAGACCAAUCUUCCACUUCUCCCCUCCGUGUCGGACGAAGGUCUGGGGGACGACGCGAACAAUAGACAGACAAUGCAGGGCUCAUCCUCGGGUGACAACUGCGAUUCACCCUCCCAGGGCAAGGCUCGAGCAAUAGAUCAAGAGGGCCACCCCCCCGCGGGAACAUGCUACCUCUGUGCGCUUCCCUCCGAGCUUAUCGACACCAUCCUCUCCUACCUCUCUCCUGUCGAUAUCGCGGCCGUAUCUGCGACCUGCCACGCCCUGUACAAGCAUGCGACGUCCGAACAUCUUUGGCAGGCCCUAGUGCAAGCCAACGUCCCAGGAGUGAAGCUCAUCUCGCCUUCGCCAUGCCCGACUUUUCGCGCCCUGUUCGCCGCCCACGACCCUCGCUGGUUUCUCACAAAAUACAAGAUAUGGUUCUCUAACCGGGACCUGACGAGCAAGCUGGUUGUGAUCCGCUACGACCCGCGCCGGGGCUGCAUUGAGGGCUACCAGCUGCUAGCAACCAGCAACCGCACGACAUUCGAGCACUGGCAGCACGAUAACCAGGUCAUCAUUCAUGGCUUUGAGCCCUCAGUCAAGCUCCACCUCGACAGGCCCGUCCUACAGCUCCACGUCCAUAACCCCGAGAACCUGAUCCACCAGAAUCGUGGGCCAGCCAUAACCCGCAUCCCGCUCCGUGAGGCAUCGAGUAGCUCCCCGUCCUCCUCCACUCCCUCCUCCGCCAAUGCAACCACCACUCGGCUUGAUUCUCCUCCGGCAUCCACCACCGCUACCUCUCCGUUGCGCAGCCGCCUCCAGGGCGAGACACCCAUGAUGCUAGAUGAUGAAUCCGGGGCCGGCAAUGGCAUAUUCAGCAACUUCAUGCUCGCGCGACCUCUCUCGCCGGACGAGGCGGAUACCCGCGCUGCGCUCCCCUUCCCCUACGGAGACGUCUGGCCGCCACCCGCUGUGCCCUCCCGUCACCGCGUCAUCGGCGUGAGGCUCCGACAGGCCCACCCGCCGCCACAGUCGGGAGCCGAGUACACGCCCACACGCAGGUCCGAGGUAAGCGAUCUUGCCUUUCGGAUACGAAACUGGUUGGAGAUGCGAGGCGGCAGGAGGGGAGCCGAGGAGGUGGGUGGGGCGGCCGGUGCCGAAGCUGAACCUCCAUGGGCGAGGCUCCUGCAAGUCCUACUGCAACCGCAGCACAUGUCAAAUAUCAGCGCGACGACGCCGCUCGGGGUGCAUAUCGGGGAGGAGAUUGCGACGUAUGCGACGCUCGACCCGGAGUUGUACACCCCGACGGCUGAGAAGCCGUACCGCGGGAUAUGGGUUGGGGACUACAGCGGGCACGGCUGCGAGUUCUUACUGAUCCACCAACCCGAUGGGCCGGAGGACGGCUUCGAUCCCGACAGCGUCGUCCGGCGGGAGGGCGAGACGGACGACGAGUUCCGGCGGCGCAGGCGGGACGAGACAGUGCAUCGGGGGCGGCUGGAGGCGAUCAAGCUGACGGGUGAUCCCAACGUGCCGAGGGGGGAGUACACCUUCAUCGCUGAGGAUCUCGGGGAGGGGGGAUUCGUCACCGUUGUGCAGGAGCCGCCUUUCGCGGGAGCGAGGGUGGUCAGGAGCAAGGGCCACGUCGCGCACACGGGGUUCUUGGAUGACAAGUACGUCGAGUCCCAGCUCAUCCUCAUCUCCAAUGACCGCCUGGCGCAGUACUGGCUCGGUUUUGGGCAUAUCAGCUACUUUGAGAGGGUUGAUAUCGACCAGUUUCUGAAGCCAAACUAGGGGGAUCAGCCGCUGUGUAUUUGUUCCAGUUGUAUAUAUGCCCAGAAGCUUUCCUGCGCUGCGCCAUGAGAGAGGCACAGGAUUGUAAGGAUUAGAUCGACUCCAAUCGAAGAGGAGGAACGAAUAUGUAGUAGGUGUCCAGGUAAGCUGAGGAGCGGGAGCGCAGACUGAUGAAUAAAUGUAAGUGACCAUGAUUCAUUUUCUUCCAAGUGACAUGCCGCUGU